AUGGAGAAGGGAGACAUGCGUGAAACCAACCUCGGUACCAAAGGACGCGCCCUAGCCGAUGAAGAAGACCAACUAGAAUCAUCCCAGCAAAAGGGCACACUCUUAGCUCCCAUGGUACAGCACUUGCAUAGUCAGCUAUUAUGCGCCUAUGUUCAGAACCUCGGCGUUGUGCUACACGAUAUUGGGAGCUCUAUCGGUGGCACCUCCGAUGUAAAUAAGGAUAGAGUCAUGAUCCAUGCACUGAGCCUCACGCGUGCCAAGCAGGGUACAAAAGAGCUUGAUGGAGAUUAUGAAGAAGAAGAAGAGGAUGAGGAGGGAAACGAGGUGCAUGACAGUCACAAACAAAGUGACGAGGGAACGAAAGAGCUUGAUGAAGAUAAGGAAGCAGAGGUGCAUGAUAGUCACAAACAACGUGACGAGGGAUCAAAAAAUAUUGACGAAGAUAAGGACGGAGACGUGCAUGAUGGUCACAAGCGAAGUGACAAGGGAUCAAAAAAUAUUGAUGAAGAUAAGGAAGAAGAGGUGGAAAAGGAAGGAGAGGUGGAUGACAGCCACAAACAAAGUGACAAGAAACACAAGUCAAAGGCCAAGAAGGAGACUACAGAGCUUUACGAAGAAGAGGAGGAAGAAGAGGAGGAAGAGGUGCACCACAGCCAUAAACACAGUGACAAGAAGCACAAGUCAAAGAGCACUGACGUGGAUCACGCGGUACGAGAGUUCACCAUGGAAGAUCCGGCUACUAUAUUUGUAAUGGGCACUUUCUUUGGCUUCCAUACCUACCUCCACGAGGCCCAUCUGUUCAACUACACCAAGCAGUGCAAGGUGCCCUGCCGCUUCAUCACCAGAUUUAACCCCAAAGAGAAGAAGUGUGUAACUCAUGCGCCCCGCGACGACACGAGAAUACCAUACGGAGACUGCGAGAACGCUUUGGAAGAAGCGGACAUCGUUCUUCGUCAUAAGCAGUGGAGAUACUUAAGCGCAGCCGAGCCACACAAGGAAGGUCAAAAGACGGCUUUCCUGACUAUUGAAAGCGGACACUAUGCACCAGAUCUGUGGGACAACCGCCGCCUGGGCCAAAUUGAGAUGACCUUCAGGAAGAAGGCGGACAUCCGCGUCAACUACUUCUCCAACGAAUUCAGAAGUAUUCCCGAUCUCUACCACAAAGUGUCUCAUUCGCUCGUGAACAAAGCGAAAGUGGGCGGUGACAUGGCACUGGCCACGGCGUUCAUCUCCAACUGCAUCAAGCACAGAGCCGACUAUGUGCAACGCAUGGAGAAGGCUGGCAUGAGUGUAGAUAUGUAUGGCCUGUGCGAUGUGCUCAGAAACAAGGAUGAGAAUAAAGACAUCAAGAAGUAUGCGAAGGGAGGACGGAUGAAGAAGGCGGACCGCAAGCAGUUCCUGAGUAGCAUGCACAAGUUCAUCCUGGCGUUUGAGAACAGACAGGUCGACGACUACGUGACCGAGAAAUUCUUCCAGGCGCUCGUGUCAGGUGCGUUGCCUAUCUACCGUGGAGCCCCGAAUAUCAAGGAGUACGUUCCCAAUCUGGACUACCCAUCAUUCAUCAAUGCGGAUGCCUUUGAGACCCCGGAGGACCUCGUGAAGUACAUGAAUAAGGUGGUAGCCAAUCAGACGCUCUAUGACUCGUACUUUGAGUGGAAGAAGAAACCGUUCAGGAAAGAGUUCCUGGAUUUGUUUACCUGGUCUCGCGAUACCAUUCCAUGCAGGAUAUGUGAGUAUGCUCAGAAGCAGUACGACGUGCAGGGCAAACGCUAUUUGAUUGACGGCCGUGACUUGGCCGAAGAAGCUCUAGUGCACUACAUGCAGGAAACAGACGACAAGCAUGCAUGGAAGGCACAGGAAGGCUACAACUGAGUACCUAUUACUCGGUCAAACGUACAUAUAUAGCUUAUAUAGGUUAACAAGAGAAUAUUACACUACGAUACGUGUAAUUUAGCAUAAAGUAUAAAGAUGAGCAACG